GUACUUUUGCUUCUUGUCUUUGCUCACUCGCUAGCUCUGUUAUUAUUCUAUUUUAUACUUUUUGUUGCGGAAUCGCAAGUAGUACAUUAAUACCGCCAUUUCCACCACCAGCAGCAACAACAGCAGCAUCAUCAUCAGCACCAAAAGCAGCCUUUUCAGAUUUAGUUAAUACAUUGUAGAGAAUGCGCAUCAGUAUCGCCAAGCGCUCAGCGUCAAGCGCCAAAGAUGCCUCGAGCAAGGUGGCGUCGCCAUCAUCUUCUUCAGGCGCCAGUUCGCGCUAUCCGUUUACUGUCGAGGUUUCUGACAACGCAACCGUCGACGAUCUCAAGGCGGCUAUCGCCAGCAAUGUCAAGUCGAUGUACCCCGACCGCCAGCGCCUGACGUUUGGUGACAAAAAGACAGUGCUCGAGUCGGGCGACUCACUGUCCAAGUACGGUGUGAGAAACGAUGACACGGUGUUCAUCAAGGACCUCGGUCCUCAGAUUGGCUGGCAGACGGUGUUCUACAUUGAGUAUCUGGGCCCCAUCAUCUUCCACUACAUUGUGUACAACUUCCCGCGCAUCUUUUACGGCAUGAGCUUUGAGCACAGCGAAAUCCAGCGCCGCGUGUAUCUGCUGGUCAUGGCGCACUUUGUCAAGCGCGAGCUGGAGACGGCGUUUGUUCACCGGUUCAGCCAUGGAACCAUGCCGCUGAUGAACGUGUUCAAGAACUCAUUCCACUAUCACAUGCUGUCGGGGCUCAACCUGGCUUACUGGGUGUACGCACCGGCCUCAGGGCAAGGCACGGCGCUUGCAGCUAAGCUCGGCAACCCGCUGCUAAUGGCCAUCUUCACGGGUGUUUUCCUGUUUGCAGAGCUAUCGAACCUGUCGACGCACAUCACGCUGCGCAACCUGCGCCCGCCAGGCACGCGGGUGCGCAGAAUCCCCCAUGGCUACGGCUUCGACAUAGUGAGCUGCCCCAAUUACCUGUUCGAGUCGCUGGCCUGGGUUGCCAUUGCUGCCAUGACGCGCAACUUGGCCGCCGUGCUGUUCCUGAUCGUGUCAUCCGGCCAGAUGUACGUGUGGGCUAUCAAGAAGCACAAGCAGUACCGCCGUGAGUUCCCCGACUACCCCAAGUCGCGCAAGGCGAUGAUCCCACUUAUCGUCUAGAAGAAGGAAAUGCGAGCUUUGGCCAAGUCUCUCUUGCACCUCUAUUUUCAAUUCAAUGACAAUGCUUAAACGUCGAGAAACCUGGCUCCCCCUUGGCCAAACUCAAAUUCAAAUCAAAACCGAAUUGUUCCUUGAUGAAAAGAAAUCAAGUGCGGAUCAACAAUGAGAAAUUUUGCUCCAGCUUUUUUUCCUCAAAGUUUCAGCUGUUGCACUGUCUGUGCGCCCGCAGCCCUCUGCUGAUGAUGACAAAACCCAAACAAUGGAACACCGGCCAUCGCUGGUCCCCUCUCCUGGUGCCAUGAUGACCUUUCCCCAAGAAAAAAUUACAGGCGAGCUCGCCCCACUUUCUUGAAAUUUUCUUUCUCUUCUGCUUAUUUUUUUU